GACACUAUUUUCAAUCAGAAGUUCGCCAUCAUAAAAAAUAUAAAAAGAAAAAAAUAGUCCACAAGUCUCGAAUCAACAUUAUUAUCAAAGUGCUUUGGAAAUAAUUGACAAAAUGUCGUUGUUCGGUUCAUUAAUGGGUGAUUUCGGCGAAGACGAUCCAAUAUUCGGACAUCAUAUGCGUUCGAUGCGCCAAAUGAAUUCCAUGAUGAAUUCAAUGUUUUCCGAUCCAUUCGGGAUGUUUGAUAUGCAUCAGCAGCAUCAAUCCGCAUUGACUGGUGGCCAUCAUCAAAGACAUGCUCCUGCUCCGUUAAUGCCAUUCGGUUUCUCCAGUAUGCCCAACAUUAAUCGCUUCAUGAAUCUACAAAUUCCGGAUGGGGCCACAUCGUUCAGUUCCAGUCAAGUGGUCUCAAUGACUCACGGUUCGGAUGGCAGACCGCAGGUGUACAAGGCCACGAGCAGCACGAAAACUGGACCGGGUGGUAUCAAAGAAACACAGAAAACAGUUCAAGAUUCACGUACGGGCGUUAAGAAAAUGGCUAUUGGACAUCACAUUGGUGAUAGAGCUCACAUUAUCGAGCGUGAACAAAACGUUCACACCGGAAAUGAAGAAGAGCGACAGGACUUCAUCAAUCUGGAUGAAGAAGAGGCACCGGAUUUCGAUCGCGAAUUCACUAACCGCAGCCGUACAUUAAUGGGAAUUCAGAAUUCCGGUCACAGACACAGAUCUCAUGCAGGCAACGGACAACUGGCAAUCGGACCUGCACCACCAGCAGCAAUAAUGCCGCCAUCAAAUACAAGCUCCACACAAACGACGCCAUCAUCGACGAAACCGUUACAAAAUCUAACAUCUUCAACAAAUCGUCGACGAUCGGGUCAUAGUUCAAUGGCAACACCACGUAGACCGUUGCGUUCGGUUACCUCGUCGCCGUUAACAUUAAAUUCGACAAAUCUCUAUACGCCAGCUACAACAAGCAUCCAUCCACAUCCAUACAAUGCUUCAAGUAGUCGCCGAAACAAUCGUCCUAUGAAAGGCUCCCAGCAACAUCAUCACCACCAUCAACAUACAACCGGUCAAAAAUAAUGAAAUUAAACAAUUCAAAUGGAGAGGAAAAUCAAAAUCAGAAUGGCAAUGAGAACGGCAAUGAGAACAUCGGAAUUUCGUGUUUAGUUCCGAAUUAACAUGGAUUGAAUGUUACAGUAGGAAAUGAAACAAUUUUGCAAUUCGAUAGUUUUAAGUGUACAACCAACUGUAUUUGAAAGAAACUGUUUCCUAUUCAACAAAAACGAUGAAUAUUUUAUUAAAAGCCUAAGCGUCUUGAAUAAGUUAGUCCGUACAAUUCGUGGUUAUUGGUCGUUCCUCGAACUCUAUUCUAGAAAUUGAUUUUGG